CAUUCGUCUCCCUCAAUAAUCCACUAUCGCUCCCCAUCCCCGUCGUUACCGUUGUCAUUGUCGUUGCCAUUGUUCUUCUUGACGUUGCGCAUCUGCAAAAGGAAUCACAUCUGCGUUUCCGCCAACAUGAGAGAUAACGCUUCAGGAGAUGUCCCCAUCGACGAUGACUAUGUGUCGACGGGCUACGGAACCGGAGACAAUUCCAGCUUUUUCUCCGGACGGACAAUGGCGACCACAACGAGGAAUUAUCGACAUGAGAACGGUCGAACAUAUCAUGCAUAUCGUGAUGGUGAAUACUGGCAACCUAAUGAUGAAAAGUCCAACAACCACGAAGCGUUAUUACAUCAUAUCUGUUUAAUGAGUCUCGACGACAAUCUAUAUCUUGCGCCUAUCACAGAUCCCGGUCGAAUAUUAGAUCUCGGCACCGGUACGGGCAUGUGGGCAACUGAUAUGGGUGACCGCUUCUCCGGCGACGACCCAGAACGUCCCUAUGCCGAAAUCACCGGUACCGAUCUCUCACCAAUCCAACCAGGAUCCCAACCCUCAAAUUGCACAUUCGAAGUCGACGAUUGCGCCAGUGAAUGGGUCUACCCUCCCGAUACCUUUGGCUUCAUUCACAUCCGAGGACUGUACGGCAGCAUCGCUGACUGGCCCGCUCUCUACGCCGAAGCCUUUCGCGCCUGCAAACCCGGCGGAUGGAUCGAACAGAUUGAAUGGGACAUGGCGCUACGGGAACCUUCCGGCCAACUCACCGAGCACCCGGUGUUCAAGCAGUGGACCGACGACAUCGUCCAUAUGGGCGAGAUGAUCGGAAAGACGAUGAAGACCGCCACUUUGAUGGCCGAUUGGAUCAAGGAUGCGGGAUUCGUCGACGUCGUGGAGAAGAAAUUCAAAUGGCCGCUUGGACCAUGGAGUAGUGAUCCGAAAUUGAAGGAGAUCGGACGUUGGAAUUUACUCAAUUGGGAGGAGGGUCUUGAAGGCUGGACAUUGGCACAUUAUACCAGGGUUCUCGGAUGGGACGCCGAAAGGGUCCACGAUUGGGUGCAGUUGAUCCGCAAGUCGAUGCGCGACCGCAAGACGCAUGUGUAUCACGAGAUACGAGUCGUCUACGCCCGGAAACCUUUGUCCUGAAACACCGAGUGCUUCGGAUUGAUUAUGAACAACAAACAUGCUUGGAAGGAGUGAUGAAUGACAUGUGCGGGAGAUACAAUUCCCGAUUUUCUCUGGGCGGGGUUUGUUGAUUUUUUUAUUACAAUCGCUCGCGGUGGUUAUGCGAG